ACCUCGGAAAUUCAAAUCUGGGUGUAAUUUUAGCUGUAAACAGUGUAGAAAGAGUUUCAAUCAAAAGCCAAAGCUUGAUGUUCACAUGAAAGUUCAUACUAUGGAGAAACCUUACACCUGCGAACAGUGUGGAAAGAGUUUUGGUCAAAAAACAAAGCUUUAAAGCCCACAUGAGAAUUCACACUGGAGAGAGGCCGUACACAUGCCAACAGUGUGGAAAAAGCUUCUAUCAUGCAGGAAACUUGUCAGUGCACAUGAGAAUUCAUACUGGAGAAAAGCCUUACUCUUGCCCUCAGUGUGGAAAGUGUUUUAAGCAAAAUAGCAACUUUGAAGUCCACAUGAGAGUUCACACUAGGGAGAAACCUUACACCUGCGAACAGUGUGGAAAGAGUUUUAGUCAAAAACAAAGCUUUAAAACCCACAUGAGAAUUCACACUGCAGAGAGGCCGUACACAUGCCAACAGUGUGGAAAACACUUUUAUAAUCCAAGAAGCCUUGCACUGCACAUGAGAAUUCACACUGGAGAGAAGCCUUUCAGCUGUAAACAGUGUAGAAAGAGUUUCAAACAAAAGGCAAACCUUGAUGUUCACAUGAGAGUUCACACUAGGGAGAAACCUUACACCUGCGAACAAUGUGGAAAGAGUUUUGGUAAAAAACAAGACCUUGAGAUCCACAUGAGGAUUCACACUGGAGAGAAACCUUACACAUGCACAGAGUGUGGUAAAAGUUUCACAUAUAAAAGCGCACUCAAACACCACAUGAUAAUUCACACCGGAGAGAAGCUUGCAUGUGCUCAGUGUGGAAAGAGCUUCACAACCAAAGCUAGCCUCAUGAACCACAUGAAUGGUCACACUGGAACCAUAGUGUUCACAUGUGAUCUGUGUGGAAAGAGUCUCACAUGCAAAGACUACAUUAGGCAACACAUUAAGACUCACUCAGGAGAGCGUUUUAGAUGCAGUGAGUGUGGAAAGAGCUUUAACCGUUAA